AUGUCGAGGGCAGUGGUGGGAAUUCACGUGGCUCUCUACUGCUUGGCGGCGGCGCAUGGCUCAGCAGAAGGGACCAUUCGCGGCGCUUCCCAUGCCAGAUUCCUUGAUGUUCAGUACUUCAAUCGGACAGAUGUGGACAGCCUCCUGGCACGGCAGAUGACCCAUGAUCCGAAGACCACCCCGCGACUUCGGCACCUUCGUGUCGACUUGGAGCCGAUUUUCCGGACGCUCGCCAAGACGCCGAAUGGUGGCCUCAGCCACCAAGCAGCCAAAUAUGCACUCUUCCGAUUCUUCCUCCACGAGCGUAGCUGGCUGGUCAAGGGCCUCGAACCCGAAGGCAUUUGGCAGACACAGCCGGAGCGGCUCCGCAAAGUUUGGGAGAGUUGGGUUCCGUCGUACCUGCAGCAGCGCUUCGAAGAGGCCAAGCAGAGCGAAGGUGCAUCCUUGGACGAUUUGGUUGAGAUGACCGCCGUCAUUGAAGAUCUUGUGCAACAGGAGUCCCGGAAGCAGAUGGCAAAGGUCUUUGAGUCGCUGGACCUUCCGCUGAAUGGUCCGCUGAGUCGCGCAGAUGCCGAUAUGGCAGUCGACAUGUACCUGCUAGUGGUUUUGACCGCACAGAACCUCACCCUGGCAGAGCCGGCCAAGAAUCGCAAGCGCGUAAGCAGACUGCAUCGCAGAGUGGAGCACGGCGAGGCCCUGAGGUGGCUACGGCAUUUGGAAGACAGGAUUCUGGUGGAACAGGGCAAGGUCUAUGACUUCUCGUCAAUCAGCAAAGUUGCAGAGGCUUUUGGGCUGGAGUUCCCGAGCUUCAACGACAAGGAAUGCUCCGAUCUCAAGGCAAGGCUCGUGUCCAUGGAGGGAGGAAGCCGCAAGCCCGGCCGCAUACCCUUGACAGACUUCUAUGGGAGCAUCGCGUACCGGCACUGGAAUUUCUCCGAGAGCCCAGACUACCUGAGAGACCUGGGGUCCUGGACGAGUCCGAUCCCCACCGGCCACAUGUCAUCUUGGCCAACUACAUCACAAGCUACAACAACUGCAUGCGAACGGAUGGUUUGUACGCGAUUUGCUGCCGCAGCGUCUGCGGAGACAUGA